ACAUCUACCUCAUUGCAUUAUUUUAUUUUGACACCAUGCAGGAGUCAUUGUUAGAUGCAUUUAGAAAACUACAAUCAGAAGAUUAAUGUUAAUUUGGGGUAUUUUUUAGAAUUGGCAGGGUUUGCAACGGGUGUAUUUGUUUUCAGCUGUAGUUAGAAGGGAUUUUGUUUGAAACAUAACCCAUUACUGACACAAAUAAAGUUUUAAUAUUCAUUUUUUUCUAGCGCACACCUCAUUCAAGCCAUUUCUUCAAUAUGACAAAGACAAACCAACUGAAAAUGCCUCUUGAUGGGAAUGGGAUCAACAUUCUGAGACAAUGCGGUCCUGCCAUUAAAGAUGUCCUAAAAUACAAAUAUGAGUGCAGCAUAGAUGUCCUUGGUAUGGACUCUGCUAUGGGCGAAGACUUUGCACAGUCCAGAAAUCAACCAAUGGCUGCAGAGAAAAGGUUUUCCUUCCUACUCAAAGGGACACAGGUGUCUGUGUGGAAGGCUGACCCCCAGUUUCCACACAGCGCUGUCGUCAAUGUUGCCAAUGAGAAUCUGCCACAUUAUGGUGGUCUUGCUCUGGCACUCUGUGAGGCGGGCGGCCCUGACAUACAGAGUGACAGUGACAAAUAUAUAAAGAGGAAUGGUGCUUUGAAAACAGGAGAUGCAGUUAUCGGUAAUCCAGGGUGUCUCCCAUAACAGAAGAUAAUUCAUGCUGUCGGCCCACGUCUAUCAUGGUCCUGGUUUAGCUAUGAUGUUCAAUGGGCUGAACCGCAGUUGAAGAGAACAGUGAAAAGCAUCCUUGAUAUGGCCGAAGAGAACAAUUUCAAGUCUGUGGCCAUUCCUGCUUUGAGUUCUGUGGUGUUAAACUUCCCCGUGGAUAAAUGCACCGACAUCAUCGUGGACACGGUGAGAAAAUACAUUGAAUGCGGAUACCAAAGAGGUAUUCUAUGCGAAAUCGCCCUGGUGAAUAAUGACGAGCCUGCUGUUAAAGAAAUGGAAAGAGCCUGCCGUCAAGCAUUUGGCAGCAUGACUGCACCAGUCAGCCAAGCGGCCCGGAGCAAAACCAAUACGAGCGGAUCCAAAACGUCUCAAACCCCCCUGACUGUUCAGAUCGGGAAUGUCCAUCUGACCCUCAGGAAGGGUUACAUUCAGGAACAGGAGACCGACGUCAUUGUGAACACAUUGUGAACAGGAGAUAAUCUUUGUCCAUCAAAUGGAGAAGUUUCCAAAGUCAUCCUGAAGAAGGCGGGCAGCAAAAUGCAACAAGAAAUUAACAGUAAGUAUAAAAAAGCAAAGGCAUCCCUUCCCCUUGUGUUGGAGACAAACUCCUAUGGUCUUGGUUGUAAACAGGUGUAUCACACUUUGGUUCCUGUAAAAGGUGUGGACUGGGCUGGAGAGAUCCUCAACAAUGCAAUGCAAUUAUGUUUAAGUCUGGCGAACGCUGAGAGACACAAGUCAAUUGCCUGUUCGGCUAUCGGCACUGGCCAUCUGGGCUCCGCUAAACAGGAGGUGGCCCAAUUAUGACCAAGGCAGUGGAAGACAGUGCCAAGAAGAUGCCAACAAAGAUGGAGGUUGACUUUGUCAAAUAUCCUCCUGAAAAUGACAGAUAAAUGGUAACCAUAAAGUCCUAUUCUAUGCCUAAUAGUUUAGUUCUUUCAAAGACGUGCCGUCCUUCCAUCCCACUCACAUUGAUCGUGUCAAAUCUUUUAUCUUUUAAAUACAAUUAGAAUGUAUCACUGUUGAACAACAAGACAUCUGGACUUUUUUUAGGGUGCUA